UCUGUUUCCUCUUCAGAAAGGAAGAUCACAGGGCAACUGUGAGAAUCACACCGAGGGGAUGGGGACGGAGAGUCGCGGCACUAGUUUAGCCAUUUUUAAAUAGAAAUCUUCAUCGUAUUUCCUUAACUCGGUAGAUGCUGCUGUUGUUUGCAUUUAUUGACAGGGAUAAUUUAGGUUGAUAAAAAAUCCAGGGGCCCGGGCCUCAGUCCGCGGUCUUGAGUUAAACAGUCAACCGACAUCAGAGCGAGUGAGUCGGUGUAUACAGCAGAGCCCUGCUGCACAUCAUGGGCGACAGUAGAGAUUCUCAUAGUCCAGACAGCUCAUCCGUUUCCUCGCCACCAUCAGGUCAGCGUUCGCCCUCGUUGGCCCCUUCAGCCGCUGCCAUGACUUCCCUUCCACCCAUCACUUCGGCUGUGAACAGUCCCAUCAGCAGCAUGGGCUCACCUUUCUCAGUCAUCAGCUCCUCUCUGGGUUCUCCCUGCCUUCCUGGAACUCCCUCGGUAGGCUACGGCCCCAUCAGCAGCCCACAGAUUAACAUGUUUCGCAGAAACACAGAGAUCAACUCCACCGUGUCCAUGUCGGGUCUGCAUGCCGUCAGCAGCUCUGAUGAUGUCAAACCACCCUUCGGUUUGAAGCAGAUGUCGGCCCACAGCCCUGGACCCAUGCUCUCUCAGAAACGCUUGUGUGCCAUCUGUGGAGAUCGCUCUUCUGGCAAGCACUACGGCGUGUACAGCUGCGAGGGCUGCAAGGGCUUUUUCAAGCGCACUGUGAGGAAGGACCUGAGCUACACAUGCAGAGACAGUAAGGACUGUCUGGUGGACAAACGCCAGAGGAACCGCUGCCAGUACUGCCGCUACCAGAAGUGCCUGGCCAUGGGGAUGAAGAGAGAGGUGGUCCAAGAUGAACGACAACGAUCCGUUCAAGAGGAGCGUCAGAGGAACAAGGAGCGAGAGGGAGAGGUGGAGUCCACCAGCGCAGCGAAUGAAGAGAUGCCCGUGGAGAAGAUUCUGGAAGCAGAGAUGGCUGUGGAGCAGAAGACUGAGCUGCAUGCAGACGGCAGCUCAGGAGGAAGCUCACCAAAUGACCCCGUCACAAAUAUCUGCCAGGCGGCUGACAAACAGCUGUUCACUUUGGUGGAGUGGGCAAAGCGGAUCCCUCACUUCAGUGAGCUGUCUCUGGAUGACCAGGUCAUCCUGCUGCGAGCUGGCUGGAAUGAGCUGCUGAUCGCGUCUUUCUCUCAUCGCUCCAUCGCGGUGAAGGAUGGCAUUCUGCUGGCCACCGGCCUCCACGUGCACAGGAACAGUGCUCACAGCGCUGGGGUGGGAGCCAUCUUUGACAGGGAGAGUGCGCACAAUGCAGAGGUUGGGGCCAUAUUCGACAGGGUUCUGACGGAGCUGGUGAGCAAGAUGAGGGACAUGCAGAUGGAUAAAACAGAGUUGGGCUGCCUGAGAGCCAUCAUCCUCUUCAACCCAGAUGCGAAGGGAUUGUCAAGCCCAAGUGAAGUGGAGUUACUGAGAGAGAAGGUCUAUGCAUCGCUGGAGGCUUAUUGUAAACACAGAUAUCCUGACCAGCAGGGCAGAUUCGCCAAACUCCUCCUCCGACUGCCAGCGCUGCGCUCCAUUGGUUUAAAGUGCCUGGAGCACCUGUUCUUCUUCAAGCUGAUUGGAGACACCCCAAUCGACACCUUCUUAAUGGAAAUGCUUGAAGCGCCACAUCAGCUCACCUAACCUGGUCUCGAUCCAGUUCAAGCCGGUUUGCACCAGGGUAUCGCAGUCCCUCCGGACUUUACUGUGUCUCACUUCCCAUUAACACGUGCCCCACAAUUCUCUUCUACACGUUCUCCCUACCGCACCUUCAAACCAGUACAGCCCUGAAAAAAGACUAAGCUGUCUGAAAAAAAAAGUGUUUUACCAUGUAAUGUUUUACACAGUAUGAGCUGUCCAGAGAGAUCUUAUUUUUCAAAUUCCCUGGAGGUUCUAAAUCAUAAGCUUCAGCUUCCAGUUUUAGAACUCUCGUAUUGAUUCUAGAGAUCUCUGUGUGUCGUUUUGGUUUGUUUGUUACUCUGAAUGCACGAACUGUACUUUUUUUUUUUUCGUUAGUCACUGCAGCCCGUUGGCUGAAUUUACAGUGCAUGUGUGACCUUGGCGAGAGUCCGCCGAGCCCUUUGGCUGGUACGAAUCAAGUCACGGCAGAGCUGCCCGUUCGUUUUUGACUGUGGAAUACUGCUAACAUGCUAUCUUUGGGAUUUUUACCUUGAAAUCCUACUUUGUACUGUACUCAUGAAAUGAGUCCAAUUUAUAAAUGGCAUUGGAAAUUCUCGGCCUGCUGCAUCUGGCCCUUAUCAAGUGCAGGCUAGGGUUUUACAUUUGUGAAUAAAUGUAUGCAGGAUUUAUUGGACAUGAAUUUUUGAUCACGUUCCAAGGAGGGCCUAAAGGCACAGAUUAAAUCUUGCAGGAGAAUCCUGCUUUUUUUUUUUUUAGGGGCAAUAGGAGGGUCGACCUUGUUUUUUUUCUUGAUUCGUGUUGUUUUUCUUGGUUUUGGUACCUUCUAGAGGACCUUGUACCUUUGCCAUUUCUUAAUUCCCCCAAGUACCUUUGAUCCAUUUCAUCACCAGUUUGUCAAAUGGGAACCAAAUCUACACCAUGCCCCCAAAAGACAAAUAAUUCAUAUUGUCUAUGUGUGCUGUGAAGUAUGUCCAACCACUCUUGUCCUUUCCAUGUGAAUGGUGUUGCAGGUUUUUUUCUUUAGUGUUGAUGAAAUCAGCUCAUCAUCAUGCUCCUUUGGAAUUAACUGGUACUAACUUUGGCAUAGUAAAAAACAACUGUGAUUCUGGGCUGUUUAAAGGCUGGAAUGCACUACACGAUUUUUAUCCCAAUUGACAGUCUGGAAGAGUUGAUGCUAGUUGGCCAAAGUUGGAGCCAGUCAGCAGAUUUUGGACAUUCAGGGAUUGAUUGAUUGAUUUCGCCGAAGAUCACAUUUUGGGUUCAGACUCCAAUUUUGUUGAGCUCCAGACUAUGACUCCAUCCACACAUUUGAUAUUUUAAACUGAUUUUAGAAAUCAUUUUAUUUUCAUUUAGCAUGUCUAGUUACAAGGUUUUAAAAAAAAUGUAUAAUGCCCAGUUUAAGUAUAAUGUCUAUUGUUUUUAAAUCUGUUCAGAUUUAGUGUAUUCCAGCCUUCACGUGUGGUAGUAGAAUCACUUUCUACAUUCCAUCCGUACCAGUUACUUCCCUCAUUGCAACUCACUAAAUCGUAUUGUUGAACACAUCCGUCUUAUUCAACAGAGACUUAGAGUUAUGUAAGAAUUCUGCAUUCAAUCUGAAAGGUCGACGUGUCAAAACCAGCAUCCAUCACCAUCUCUAUGCAUUUAUAGGAGAGCGAUUAGUGUAGUCUUGGAGAAAGACUGAACAUGCCAUCAGGGAAAGAAUCCAGCAAAUGCACCAGUAUUAAUGAUGGGGACCUUCUUCUCUACCAAAACCUGCAGGUCUUUGUGGCUCAAAACAAGUAAUUUUAGACAGAGGCUUGAUCAAAUACGGACAGUAUUUGAGGUUUUUCUAUUAAAGAAUAGCUGGAGAUUGCAAAUGGUCCCACGUUUUGGUGCUAAUAAUGACAAAGGUUAGACAUAAUUGUUGACACCAAAAUAGACGCACAACAGUGGUCAAAAUAUGCAAGUUCUCCAAUAAACUUGAAUUUGAUAUGCCAACUUCUUGUUUAAAUGCACUAUCUUCUGCAUAACGAUUAUCCACCUACUUGCAGAUUCCUGUUAAAAUACGUUUUGUAUACAUCCAUGAGGUGCUUAAAUUUCUGUGUUUUGAUCUGAAAUCUGAAUGAGCAUCAGAAACAAUAUUUCACAAGAACUGAUGGAUUGGAUUGAGAUUCAUAAUACACUAGCCAUAGACGUGUUACUGAAAUCAGACUUCUAGUGAUAUCUUUGGAUCUUCUAGUUCAACUUCCCCAUGUGUUUGUUUUGUUGAGGCCAGUAAUAGGAAGAAUCCUGUUUCGAGUCUUUUCAAUGUGAUCAACAACUGACUUCUGGUCCUUAAAUCUGGCUUCCCAGUAGUUUAGAGUUUUCUGUGUUUUCUUGCAUGUUUUGUCUACCAAGUUUUCUUUUUAUCCAGGAAUUGGAGCUAAUUGGGUUGGUGUUGAUAGUCUGCUUUAUAUCUGAACGGUGGGAGCGAGGCUUAUUUGAUUGUGCACUGUAUGCUUGUGUUUCACAUGGGUUGUCAGUCAGCCUAUGGGGUGUGUGUGUGUGUGUGUGUGUGUGUGUGAGCGCGCAGAAAUGCAGAAGUAGUCCUAUGUGAAAGAAGUAUACAGGAGCCGUUUCUUGAAAUGGAUUGUGUCUCCCAUUACUUGAUUGCAGUUUGCCAUAAUCAACCUUGGCUUGAAUCCAUAUUAAUCCAGACAUACUCUGUGAGCUUGUGUGUUCAUGUGGCCGAUCCUCCCUGUCUUUUGGGGUCAACUUUUAUUUUCUCUCCCCAAAAAUUACUUUCUUUUUUUUCAUGAUUUCUUCUUUUAACCGCUCUAUCUAGGGAUGCAAAGCAUUCAUAAAAAUGAAUAAGGCUUGCACAGGUUUUGUACCAUUUGUCUCAUAACCCUUGAAUUACCCAUGAUGCACCUGAACUGAUUGAGCACUGCCAAACAGGUGUGAGGGGCGUGUUUUCUUGGGUGUCCCUCCUGACUAACCCCUACUGGUUUACUGUGUACUGUGAUGAUCACUAAACAUAGCCGCUGUUGCAACUAUUUAUACAGAGUCAGAGAUCUGGAGGGUUUUGUUGAGUGUGUUUUUCUAAGGCCUCAUUGCUGCAAUUUUUGUCAGAUGUGGGGAAAGCCCUCCUGUUCGUGUGUCUGAAGCCAAGCAGGGGUGCUCUGAAAUAUGCACAGUGCAAACUUGAAUUAAUCUCUGCCUGAGAAUGAAGUGGUUAUGCACGUUUUCUGCAUCUAGUACAGGGAUCUUCAAAUCUGUCACAAGAGAUGUGCUUUCCUGCAUAGUUUAGCUCUAACCCUAAUCAAACACAGCUGAGCAUGCUAAUCAAUGUCUUCAGGAUCAUUAGAUAAUCACUUGUAGGUGAGUUUGAUCAGGGUUGGAGUUAAACUCUACAGCAGAUUGGCCCUCCAGGGCAAGAUUUGAGGAACCCUGCUAUAGUAUCUGCGUUUGUGGUGUAUCGCUGAAUGUUUGCUUGUUAAGAAAGAGAAAUGCAUUUAGAUAAAGAGUGAAGGUGAAGUCAAGAAUGUGUCUGGGUCAUGCUUCACCACAAAACCGUAAUGUUUAGUCUUUUUUAGGACAUUUUUAACACAUUUUUAACACUGUAAAGUGAUAUUUAAAUUGUGAAUUAUGCUGAUUUAAAUCAAAAUCAUUGACAUACAAUAGUGAAAAUCACCAUUUAUAAUAAUUGGAAUGGUGCUUUUUUUUUAAAUAUAAAUUUAAAUGGUUUUUCCCUAUUGAUUUUGAGGUGAAAUGUGACCCGGGUCUGAGAUUCAGUCAUUCAGGAUCAUGUUUGAUGGAUGUACAGCUGAAGGAGGGCUAUCUGAUGAUGAUUUUGUAUUUGUAAAUGGAUGGCCGAUGAAAACAGUGAUUGUUCAGUGGGGGGUUUUAAGAGAUUACACUUGAUAUGAAAGAGCUUUCUUAAUUUACUCCCACCAAAAAAAAAAAAUAUAUAUUGCUUCUCACUAUAUGUUUUCUGACUGCUCUUUUCUUUUCUCUGUGUAUCCUGAUGUAUUAGUGCAAAACUGUUCUGUUAUUUGGGCUCUUUUCCCCUCACACCCUUCCCUCUUCAUUUCUCUUGUCUAGUUUUAAUCUGUCUCCAGCAGUUGUGGAAAUGAUUGACUGUACUGAGUGUGGAGAAAGAAAAUGUCUUUCUUUUUGCUUUGUCAUUCAUUCAGAAUCUGUUUUUGUUGGAUGUAUCAUGUGUAAGUAAAGGUUUUAAUACAGCA